CGUAUUUACCAGCAAGCAACAAAAUUAUUUGUUUAGAAACAGUCUUCAAAUCAAACACGCCUAUACCUGAUUCGCUGAUUCGUUGUAUGACAGUGUUCCUAAAUCGUAUGCAUUUGUGUACAAAAAUUAAAACUGCCAAAAAAUAUAAUUAAAUUAUUCGGGAUAACGAAAAAUUCUUGAGUUGUCGAAAUGAGCGAUGAAUUGACGAAAGAACAAAUCGAACUGCUUCGCAAUGCAUUCAAUGCAUUCGAUCCAGAAAAAAAUGGAUACAUCAAUACUGCUAUGGUUGGAACCAUUCUAAGCAUGUUGGGUCACCAACUGGAUGACGCGACAUUGGCCGACAUUAUAGCUGAAGUCGAUGAAGAUGGAUCGGGUCAGAUUGAAUUCGAAGAAUUUACGACAUUGGCUGCUCGAUUUCUUGUUGAAGAGGAUGCCGAAGCAAUGAUGCAAGAAUUAAAGGAAGCCUUUCGCCUUUACGACAAAGAGGGAAAUGGUUAUAUAACAACAGGCGUCCUUCGAGAAAUUCUGCGAGAAUUAGAUGACAAACUGACUAACGAUGAUCUGGACAUGAUGAUUGAGGAAAUAGAUUCGGAUGGAUCAGGAACCGUAGAUUUUGAUGAAUUUAUGGAAGUUAUGACUGGUGGCGACGACUAAUACAUGGAUUGAUCGAUACAAUGCUAGCAACAAAAUUUAAAUAGUCUUAAAUUGUUGGUCUAUAAAAAAAAAAUAAUAAAAGUCCAACUUGAAAUAUCAAAUAUU